AAAAAGAAAUGAUGCAAACGAGCCUGUGCCUUCUGGACUUUGGGGCUGGGAUUGCAGCGGUCGAAGCGCAGUGAAAGCAGCCAAGGGCGGGGCUCUGGCAAGUUCCCCUUCCACCUUCCCCCACCCUUCUUUUCCAAACUCUGUACGGCCCUUAGCUUGAUUCCAGACUUUGCUGCAGCUGCUCUCCAGCCGUUUGCAGGAUUCAAAGAACUACAGAAGCUGUUCCCAAGAUGGUGAUCCGUGUGUAUAUUGCAUCUUCCUCUGGCUCCAUGGCGAGCCUAUCCAUCUUUGGCUGCAAAGAAUAUAAUCAUUCUGAUUUCGGUGUUGCCCAACUGGUGAUGUCCAUGUGUAGAUCGUUCAAGGUCAGGAGGGGCCGCUGUGAGGAGAUUCCCCUCGUCCAUGGUAAGGAGCAGCAUCUGCACUUUGCUGGAGCAGCCAUGAAGAGAUACCUCAUGUCCAAGAUUAAGAAAAAACAGCAAGAUGUGCUUGGUUUCUUAGAAGCUAACAAAAUUGGAUUUGAAGAAAAAGAUAUUGCAGCCAAUGAAGAAAAUCGGAAGUGGAUGAGAGAAAAUGUACCUGAAAACAAUCGACCAGCCACAGGAUACCCCCUACCACCUCAGAUUUUCAAUGAAAGCCAGUACCGUGGGGAUUAUGAUGCCUUCUUUGAAGCCAGAGAAAAUAAUGCAGUGUAUGCCUUUUUAGGUUUGACAGCCCCACCUGGUUCAAAGGCAUGUAAAAACCGUGGUGUGGAAUGAGGGAAGGCAAUGAGGAAGCAGAAGCUCAGGCAAAGCAGCAAGCAUGAAUCUUAAAUAUUCUGCCUUAAGCAUCCUAAAAAAGGAGUCUCCAUUGCUUUUUAUAAAAUAUCAAAAUUAUCAUGGCUUCAAAAGAAAUAGGCUUAAUGUUAAAAUAAUUGAUUAGUUUGUACUUUCACAUGCAAACAGUUAAAAUGAGUACAUAAUUAAAAUGUUAACAUUGUGAUGAGGAAAGUAGGAAAUGAACAUGAAAUUUUAAGUAGGUGUCAUGGAAUACUAUUGUUGUCUGCUAAGGCAUUUUAUGUACUUCAGUGAUUUUAAAAAGCAAGUACCUGUUCCCUUUUUCGGUAUUAUUAUUGCAGUUUAAUUAUAUCUGUAUCUCUAAAUUGAAUAAUUUUAAAAGGCGAGUGAGAAUUUGUCUCUUGUUCCCAAAUUGCCUCAUUAAUUUUAGUGAACAAAAGUCUGUACCUUUUUAAUGUGAAAUUAUUGUGACUAAAACGUAGUUGCAGAUAAUGUUUAUGAUAUGUCAUACAUUGUAAUUUCCUGUGGUAUUUAUAACAUUCACAUUCCUUUGUAGUUAAAAGUUUAAAAGAGUUCUAUGUACUGAAUCACAGGUUUUCUAGGCUUCUAAAUGUAGCCUUUCAUUGCAUAUUUCAGUGACCAGAACAGAUGACCUCCCACACACACACAAAAAGAUGUAUUCAGUUGAAAAGUUUCUUGCUUAACCACAAAGUUUCUUGCUUUACUUUCAUGCAAUUAUGUUGCUAAGCUGCUUGCCCUGAAGAAAUAUGCAUAUGUAUGUUAUGGAAGUGGGAUGGCAAAUAAGUUUAAAAUGGCAUCCUUUUCCAAAGAACUCAGACUUUUAAUUAACUUUUAAAAUAGAUUGGAAAUCUUUCCCCUUUUAAAGCAACUUAUGAUCAUGAAUGCCACGAUCUCUUGACAUUUUUGUUUCAGCUUAUUGUAUGAGUGCAUUAAUCUAAGCAGAGAAUCUUUUCUAUGCCUUUAUUCCAGUGAAUACCAUAAGUAUCAGACAAAAGGAUCAAUUUUUUAAAUAUUAAUUUUGAAAAUUUCUUAGAAGACAAGAAACAUUAUGGCCUACAUCAGCCAAAAGACAUGUAUAUUGUGCUUUAGUUCCACACUACUAUUGUACUUUGGUUCCACAUUACUGAAAGCAGACACAUUUUACUUUAAAUUACUUUAUCAUAUCAUUUGAUGUAUGCAAGUCUGUGCUCUUUGCCAAAAUCAACAUAUAAUGAAGACAUGGCUUUGUUUACUGAAAUUUAAACUUGAUGCAAUGUUUUAAAAUAAACUCAGUACUUUCAAAAACAUAA